AUGACUGAUUACCACUAUGACUGCAUAGUGGUGGGCUCAGGCAACGCAGGUAGCUGCGCUGCCAUAUCCGCAGCGGAAGCGGGAUGCAAACGAGUUCUCAUGGUCGAAAAGGCCCCAGAAGAGUGGGUAGGAGGGAACGGUUAUUUCACGGCUGGAGCGCAUCGCACUGUCCACGGAGGCCUCCACGAUCUUCUGCCAUUCGUUCACAAUGUCACCGCUGAACAAGUUGAUAACAUCGACAUGGAGCCCUACACCGCCGACAGUUUCACGGCCGAUAUCAUGCGUGUCGGUGCCAAUAAACCUAACCCACUACUGGUGAGGGCCGUCGUCGACGGAUCGCGCGAGACGAUCGAGUGGCUGGCCACAUCGGUUGGAGUGCCGUUCGUGUUUUCGUUUAACCGCCAAGCGUAUGUCAUAAAUGGAAAGCAGAAGUUCUGGGGAGGGAUGGUCCUUAGCGUGGAGGAUGGUGGGAAAGGACUGAUUGUGGCACAUCGCAGGGCACUUGCCAAGCACGGCGUUGAAGUGUGGUUCGACUCGCCCGCAACGCGGUUGCUCACUGAUAAUGGCGGCGUGGUGGGUGUCGUAGUUCGGAGGGAUGGGGAGGAUGUUCAACUCCACGCCCCUGCGACCAUAUUGGCUGCCGGGGGAUUCGAGGCGAACAGAGAGAUGCGUGUGGAACAUCUUGGAGGUAACUGGGAGAGAGCCAAGGUCCGGGGGACCCCAUAUAACACCGGAGACGGGUUCACCCUCGUCAAACCUCUAGAUGCUAAACUGACUGGCGACUGGUCCGGCUGCCACAGUACCUGCUGGGACGCACAUGCCCCGCCAGACUCGGGAAACAGAAUCCUAACAAACCAAUUCACGAAAUCCGGCUACCCGCUCGGCGUCAUGCUCAAUUCCAAGGGAUUGCGCUUCGUCGACGAGGGGGAGGACUUUCGUAACUACACCUACGCGAAAUUCGGGAGGGCGAUUCUUGAGCAGCCUGGGGGAUGGGCGUUCCAGAUUUGGGAUAGCAAGGGUGUGAAGUACUUGAGGGAAGAGGAGUAUGGGGAGGGCAUCGUGAGGAGAAUCACAGGGGAGACAUUGGAGCAGCUGGCCGAGCGGUUGGUGGAGGAGGGAUUGGAAGAUCCUUCGAGCUUUAUGCAGACGAUGACACAGUACAACAACGCCUCAACCCAGCCGAAUGCCACCCAGCGAUGGAACCCUGCAAUCAAAGAUGGCGUCUCAACGCAAUCCUCACCGUUAACACGACUCGCCCUCCCGAAAUCUAAUUGGGCAUUGCCGAUAGAUGAACCUCCUUAUACCGCUGUCAAAGUCGGAUGCGGGAUAACAUUCACAUUUGGUGGUCUGGCGAUUGAUGCAGAUACCGCUCAAGUACUCUCCAACCGUGUGGGUGAAUCUGACUCUAGGUCAAUCCCGAUCAAAGGAUUGUUUUGUACAGGGGAGAUGGUUGGAGGUCUUUUCUAUAAUAAUUACCCUGGGGGAAGCGGGCUUAUCGCAGGUGCUGUGUUUGGUAGGAAGGCGGGAAGAUCUGCAGCCCAAUUGUCAGGUAUUGAGCACCGCUAG